AUGACACCCCAAACAAAAAGCUACCGUCCACCUCGUCGACGACCGGCGCAUUUGCGGACGAAGACUGGCUGUCUCACAUGCAGGAAGAGGAAGAAGAAGUGUGAUGAGACUCCCGGGACAUGCUCUAAUUGUGCCCGAAGGUGGCUUUCCUGUGAAUGGCCUGCGAACCUACGUGUGAAUCAGAAACAUACCGGUCCUGAACAACUGCCGCACAGCAAAACCCAUUCAGAAAGAUCUCCUCAGCUUCUCAUCAAUGAAUGGCAUGCUACCCAGUAUGCAUUUGUGGCAGACUAUGCAGCUAGCGCUUCUCCCUCCUGGGAUACCGAAGGAGGAAGCGAGGUGCUUCCUUCUCCCAUGGAGUCUAAUACACCAAGCAGUCAAGAUGACUUCAUGAUGGCUCUUUCCAGCAAUCCUUCAUCUAGUCUCAACUAUAUCUCCCCAUCGAUCUGUCUAUCACCCGCCAUAACCCCUGCCAGCGCGCCUUUAUUUAACUUCCUAAGGGCUGUCUUUCUGCCUCAAUUAAUCCGACCAAUGGCCCAUGAUAGGGUCAUCAAAUCUGCCGCCGACGAGUCAUUGAUACUGGCAUUACAUACUCCCUUCUACAUGCAUGCCCUUCUCGCGUGCUGUGGUGCAGAAAUACCGGUGGACGACAUGUGUUCGCAGGUACAUUUCCAGAAGCUUGCCCGCAUGCAUUACGUUAAAGCUAUUGCGGGACUACGUGAAAGUCUCGACAGCGGCAUAUUGGAUGCUGAGAACACAGCAAUCAUUCGAACAUCACUUAUGCUGUGUAUCUAUGAGAGAUCAAAGCCACGCCUCUCAAGGGGCGUGGAUGCCCACAUACUUGGCCUUGCACAGCUAAUUCAGCUGCGCUUUCGACAUAACCAAACAACAACUGAAUUUCAAUCAGAAUCGGAGACCAACACGGCUCGUGUAAUACUAGAAGCUUUCAUAUUCCAUGCGACCACAUGUAUUCCGUUUCAACAAACGACGAAGCAACCCGAGCCUGUCGAAGCCGCCCUUUCACUAGCAGAGACCAGACUCCAAGAAAUGUACAGAUGGAAGGUACCGGUCCAUCCCGAGUCACCUGUGCUCGGAGCACCGCCGAAGCUGUUCGUAUAUGCCCGGGAGAUCGCCCUAAUGCAUGAGCGAUCCUCUGUUGAGGGUAUUGAUAUCGCAAGAUGCUACGAGUUGCAACAACUGCUGAGCCAUUUCAAUGAAUGUGGGUUUGAAGAGUCAGCUCAUUCGUCCGAGUACGAUCGGUUGGCCAGAACUACCUAUACACCUCUUCUGUUAGGCCCGAGACUAUACAUUGUUGUUUCCAAGAUACUUCUAGAGCAUAUGAUCAACAACAACUCGACCACUACCGACACCUCCCUUCAAGAUGCACACCGAAAAUGUCUCUUGUCCCAAGCUAUGGCCUUUUGGAAGGCGACAAGGAACGGGACAAUGAGACGGUUGGUGGAUAUGCUGACGACCUUAUGGCAGAUAUGA